GAGCCAGUCACAAAAGCCUCUGACUUGGGGAAAGGGGAGAAUAAAGGCUCCAGAUCAUACAGAAGGAGGAGAGAUGCCUGCUAAUUGACUCAUUGAAAUUACAUUGAAUGAACCUGCCAGAACUGAACAAGUCCUUCAUGGAAAGAGCACAGAGCAAAUGGCUGCAGAGCUGAGCGCAGGCGCUUGGCCCUGCUCAGCGGAGGAGUAGUUCUUGCUGGACAUUCGCUCCAGUGCGGUCAGCAGCAUAGAACAGAUGGAUCUGCAAUAAAUCUCCCGAGCAAUAUAACCUUACAAUAUAUUGUAAUCAGAGUCCAGGAAACCAGCACAGCUGCCUCUGUACAUAUGGAUGAAUCAAACGAUGAGAGCACAGUAGGAGAUAGUGAAGGAGAAGAGAAGACAAUGAGGACAGAGGCACUCUGUACAGACUGGGCUUCAACACCCAGGGAGAAACUGCAAGGAGCAAUGAAAAUGGCAGAAAAGUUCAUUGAAGAGAAAGAGGUUCAUAAAGCCAUCAGGGAACUGACCCGAUAUGUGGCUCUUACUAGAAUCAUCUAUGGAGAUGGGCACUGGAAAAUGGCACAAGCAUUCACCAAUCUUGCUCACGGCUAUAUGAUUUUGCAAGGUCUGACUGCACAGGCCAUACAGCAUGCUGAAUUAGCCAGACAUGCCCUCCUCACACGGGGGCACCUUCCCUCAUCAUCUCUGGGAGAAAAGGGAGAAAUCUUAGGGACACUUGUGACUCUCUUCUAUACCUUGGGGGCAGCCCACCUGGCACAAAACAAUGGCAAAGAAUCUUAUGUCAAUCUGCAGAAGGCAGAGAAGAUCAUGGAAGAACUGCAGGAGCUGGAUGGGGGAGUGAUCACGGGACUGAAGAUAUCUCAGAAAGACCUGGUCAUUACACUCGGCAGGACAUGUUUGCAGCAGAACAAGUUAGGUUUUGCCACGGGUUAUUUUGAAAAAGCUGUCACUGCUGUAACUUCAGCAGAAGGAGAUAUGGCUCCAGAACUGAUUAGUCUUUAUCAGGAAAUUGCCCAAAUGGAGCAACUAAAGGAAAACCAUGAAAAAGCCAUUGGGUAUCUACUGAAGGCACAUUCCAUUUGUGUAGCCUUGCACAGGGAGCUCAGCAUCGAAGCGGCUCAAACAGAGCUGUUGCUGGGUAAAGCUUAUGCUGCAACUGGAGAAGAGCAGCACAUUGUGGCUGCUGAAAGGCAUUUCACAGGGAGCCUCAGUGCGUAUCAGACAAUGCUGAGUGCAGAUGACACCCAGACGCUGAGAGCCGUCACAGAAUUCAGCAAAUGGCUUGUACACAUUGGGAAAAAGCAGCAAGCCUACAAACUGCUGGACGAUUCCUUAAAGGCCAACAUAGACAUCAAUGGUGAUUUUAGUGAGAAGACGGUUGAAAUUUACCAUCUCAUGGGCAGUAUCUGCUUAGCAGAAGGAGAGAUAAGAGAGGCUCAUCAGCUCUUUAAUAAGUGUUUGCAGAUUCAGCUGGCUGUUUAUGGACCUCAACACAGGAAACCCAGAGCGAUGCAAGAGCUUCUGAACAUGUUGAAGUCUUUUGCCGUUUGUGAGGGGAAGAGGCCCCUGGGGUAAAAGAGAUGGACAGCGCUACAUUAGACAGGGCUGACAGAGUUCCCAGUGCCUUGGCAAGAGUGCCACAGAUAAAACUGAAUGCUAGUGCUGGGAGGCUGCUUUGGAUAAACUCAGGCAAACUCCCCAUGUUUCCAGCUUGGGGAAAAGUAUUAGUAAUUUUGCUUUGGUUGUGGGAAAGUAUUAACUUCCCAGUCAAAUUUGCCCCUCCUGAUCUCCCUUUAGAUUUUCUUUCCUUACUGUAUGUCAAGGCCAGGUUAUAAGAGCGGCAUGGCAGGGGUCUGUAAUUUAUGCCCUUUAUUUCCCCCAGAGCAGUCUAAAACAAACAGAGCUCCCUUUGGAAGAGAUUUUUGCUCCAAGCAUGUGUACACAAGGAUGUGAGAGCCUUUUUAGAAGACAUUCCACACAUCCUUGAGUGAGUGUCCCCCCGAGGAAAGCAAAUGCAAUGAUUCUUCCCCAAAACUGUUUGCACAGUGGCUUUUUUUGGUCAAUUCACUUGGAGAAUAUUAAAUUUAGCUGGGCUCGGUAUGGGAGCUCCAAAGGGCAAAUGCCUUCUCCUCAGCAUGAAAUCUCCCUUUAAGGCUUUGACUUCCUUUCAAAACCUUUAUUGUAGCAAACUCCCCUCCUUACAGCUGUGUUCCCACCUGUUGCUGGCCACAGCUUGGCAGUUCCUGUUAGAGAAGGGGCAAACGUUUUCAGCACUGCUGUGACUGGGAAACCCCAGGCCACUUUUCAAGAGAAAGAUGCCCAGGUCCUCCAGCAUGCAGGCACAUGACUCGUUGCAGGUCUUGCUGCCUAUCUAAUCUUUCGGCACCAUUCAGCACCAUGUUAGCUGGGUGGGGAAGUCACAACACAGUAUUUAUGCUGCUCUGACUGCCCUUCUGAACACUCAUAGUGUAGUUACUGCAUCCUAAACGUGUCCAGAUGGGGAGUCAUAGUAGCAUAGCCACCAUAUGCUCGCCUCAGCAUUUAGACAAGUCCAUAGUCAUCAUGAAACCUAUGUUUUAACUUAGGCACAGGGACACAGCUGGAUAAGACAUGGCUGAGCCAGUGUACUGCAUUAAGUACCCAGAUGGUACCCACAGGACUUGACAAAGACCAUACUCUUUACUGAGGGUUUCCCCCAUAAUGUUGAACCCUUGGCUGCCAGUCCUUACUAUAGGACAUGACACCUAAAUACCUUUGUACAUCUGGUCCCAUGUGAAGCCAAAGGGAUGCCCUUCCUCCUUAAGGAAAAAUUCUGUGCGCUUAGGGUUCCCUGUUCCACUAUAUUCAUGAUGUUAGUUAUGACUGGUGGUUACUACCAUUCAGCUUGUUUUAAUUUUUCAGGAUCUUCCUUCCAACCUCACUGUGGUAUAGAUAAUAGAAAAAGCUGUUACAUAGAUGAGAAAAUAGUAUACCAAUUGGGUUCAGCUGGACCAUUCAUGUUUAACAUCUGUAUUUCUGUGAGCCUUAUGUCCAAAAGUAAUGUUAAAAUCUCAUCUAUGUCCAUCAAUACAGCAGAAGGUAAGUCAGACAACUGUGAAUACAUUUAAGGAAGUCAGACAGUGGUUUGCUUUCUCACUUGAGAGAUUAUGUACAUCAUUCUUAGCACUUCAACACAUUCAAGGGCAAUAUACAAUCGAUAACUAUUGAUACAACUUUCAGAUAAACAGUGAUCACACUUGUAUUGAAGGGAAAACUAGAGAGAUGUUAGGAGAAAAAACAGUGAUUUUAACUACUGUCUUAAAAGGAAAACUCAUGUAAAGUGUAAAUUAAGCAUGAAAACA